AUGUCGAUCAUUCCAAGUUUCUUUACAGGCAGAAAGAGCAACGUAUUCGAUCCCUUCUCCCUCGACAUCUGGGAUCCUUUCCAGGGCUUUUCAAGUGUCCUCAACAACCUACCCGAAUCAUCACGCGAAACAGCAGCAAUCGCCAACGCCAGAAUCGAUUGGAAGGAGACGCCGGAGGCGCACGUUUUCAAGGCGGACUUGCCUGGGCUGAAGAAAGAGGAGGUGAAGGUGGAGGUUGAAGAAGGAAGGGUGUUGCAGAUAAGCGGAGAGAGGAGCAAGGAACAUGAGGAGAAGAACGACAAGUGGCAUAGGGUAGAGAGGAGCUCCGGGAAGUUCUUGAGGAGAUUCAGGCUGCCGGAAAAUGCAAAAACGGAAGAGGUGAAAGCUAGCAUGGAGAACGGCGUGCUGACGGUGACCGUGCCCAAGGCGGAAGAGAAGAAGCCGGAAGUGAAGUCCAUCGACAUUGGUGGGUAA